AUGCAAUGUCUAAACAUUACUCUAGAUAACAGUACCAAUUCCAAUUAGGCCUUGGGUUGACAUUUAAUUUCAUAUUGAGAUUACAACUUACAUAGCAUUCCAAUUAAGCGAUGUCUACAACUUCAAAGGAUCUCUUUGGACAUAGACAACUUGGACAUUCACUCGAUCUCAUUUGGAAGUCUAAAAAAUGGUAGUGGAAGUUGAACUAAUUAAAAAAUUAUAAAAUAAAGUUCUAGCAUUGCAACGAUGAUGCAUCGACAAUCCGUCAGAAUCCUAAGCAUUUGAGAGGAUUAUUGUGCAGUAUCCAUUACCUUAAAGGCUCUCCUUAGACAAAGAUGACAUAGGCAAUCUUUAGAUCUUCUUACAAGUCUAAAGAUUGAUAAUUAUAAAUUAUUAAUUGCAUCUAUAUUUUAAUAUCUUAUAUAUAGAUUGAUAAUAUAAUUUAACAUGUGUUAUCAACUCAUUAUGAUAAUUAUAAUAUUUUAUCAUUUAUGUUCUAAUAUAUAUUAUUUUAUUUAUUUUAUUUAUAUUAUGAGACUAAUCCUAGUUGACUUUUAUCAAGUCAAGUGGUGAUUCUCUCACAUUUUCUUAUUAAUUAUUUGAUUGGAAGGACUUAAGGUGAGUUCUUAAUAUGAGUUGAAAGUAAUGGAAGAAGCCCAAGCUUUCAGCCUAAUGAAAAAUCUAAAUCUUAUGGAAAGAGCCAAUCUAACAUGUUUAUAGGCCCAAGAGAGGGCGUCACCUUGGCCUAACCCAUUUGGAUUUAAAAGGACUAUCAAGAGAUGAGAUUUAGGCUACCCAUCUUAGGGCAUCUUAAAAUGAGAUUAAGAGAAAGAUUAGACCACCACCCUCAUGAAAUGAUCUAAACCGUCCAUGAAGAGAGUUGGUUAUUAAUUAUAACCAUCCAUUGGAGGGGCCUAACUCUUGAGAGAAUUAAGGCAUUUCAUCUCCCUCUUAAAGGGUGCUUUUUGGCUCUCUCUCUAGCAGUGGCUAGUCAAAGGAAACAAGAGAGAAAUCAAGGCCUGGUUAAUGACAUUCUCAUGCCCAAGAUCAUCAUGGAGAAGAGAUUACUUAGAGCUCAUCAGGAACAUCAUAGAUCAAGCAUCAUUCGGCCUAAGAUUGAUGCACAAUGUGGUUUGUGCAAUAUCUAGAUUUGGGGUGUCUUUGUAAUCCUCUUCAUGGAUAGAUUAACUUUUAAUUCAAACUAAUUUUACUAUUUAUUUUAUUAUUUCAUUGUAUUAGAUCUAUUCUCUCUCUUUGACCCUAUUUUUCAUGACUCUUGUCUUCACCCUUUUACAUUUAGUUCUACCCUUCACAAUUAUAAAUAUAUGUAUAUAUAAAAUAAAAUAGGUAGAAUUCUUACUCUUAUUACCCACAUUCUCUGAGGAUAGACCCUUAGUUAUCCUAAAUAAAAGAGUGAGGUUUUAUAAAUAUUAUUUGUAUGAACUUAAUUUCAUCACAACGACAUAUUUAACCUCUAAAUCUAGUUCACUAGAGAUCAAUAAAAUAGGUCGUCGAAUUGUCUCCAGCAAUUGUCACUCGAUGUAGAUGAGCUGAAUGGAAGUGGGGUGUGUCUUAGGGAGUUUCAUCCUCAACUCUAUGUAGUAAGAGGAGGCUCUUCAUUACAUUUAAUAUACUCUCAAGAGGUGACGACUCGUCUCACAGUAAAUCAUUCUCUUCCUAA